UAUAAGAAAAUAGAAUCCCUAUUUAUUAAAUCUGCAAACAUACAGCUCAUUGCUUGCGUUUCUUUUUAGCAUCCAUAUAUUUCAGUAGCUUUUUAAGACAUUUGUGUGCCGUUCAUCUCUUUGAUCUGAUGGCUUGUCUCUCAUUGUCUGUUUUGUUUGUCAUCCUUGUUGUCUCAGCAUUCCCUCCAGCUUGCUAUGUCCAUGGUAUAAGUUGUAUUGAAACUGAAAGGAUAGCCCUUCUCAGCAUUAAAGCAGGCAUUGAUCAGAGCAACAACCAAAGCUUUCCCUCUUCUUGGACUGGCCAAGACUGUUGUAAAUGGCAAGGAGUGACCUGCAACCAUGAAUCCCGGCAUGUCAUCAGGCUUGAUCUCCGACAGUACACUUCUGAUCCCUCUGAUCCCUUUUUUCAGCAUUUCGCGCCAGCAAGUUACCAGUCACCAUUAGUAACUUGAGUAGCUUGGGAGUCUUGAGCUUGGCUCAUAGCUCUUUUCAUGGAGUGAUUCCGGAGUCCUUGGGAAAUCUUGGUAGCUUGGAGAGACUUGAUUUAUCAGAAAAUGAA